AUGAAUUUAAAGAGCGCAGAGGCGGUUCCCACCAGGGGUGGCGGCACUGCGCUAUCAUCUGCGGCGGAGCACAACAUUCGAAUUCUGCGGUACGGCUCGCUAGCCAUUCUCGGCGGCUAUGUGGUGGCCACCUUUUACAAAAUUGGUCUCAUCGCCCGAAUCUUGCCGGCUGCCCUCAACCAUCCCUUGGAGUCUGCCGUGGAGGCCAUCAAGAGCCGAACGCAGCCGGUGGGCGAUGCGAAGCGCUUUGCCUUGGCCCGGGCUCACUUGACGGCAACGUACAGUCUCGCCGCGUCUGGCAUGCUUGCAUUGGCGAGUGGUGUUGCCACCUUCCGCUGCGUACCACGCGUUCCGAUUGCCAUACCUGUUGCCACAACCGUGGUGCCGACGGUACUGCUGCUCGGCAUCCGAAGGCGACUGAUGCUUUCUGCAGGUCGACUAAUAUGUUUCUUCACGUCGCUGAUGUCUGUGGGGUACGCGCUGGGGCCUAUUGGUUGGGUUGCGCAAGACACCCUCAUCGUUUUAGUGCUGCUUACUGGCUGCACCAUGACUGGCCUUUGCGUUCCGCUGUACCUCACGCGCGGCAUGAUUAGCUAUGUGGUGAGCGCUCAGGUGCUUUCAUCCGCCUUGUCCGUCGCUCUCGUCACGGCCCCGAGGCAGUCCAAGGACAACUCGCCAUUCAAGGCGCUCAAGGAGCAGGCGGGGGUGAAGAUUAUACUGAAUAGCGACAUCAACGUGCUCUUCACGAUGCAACUCAUGUCCAACGUGGGAGUUUGUGUGUUGCACACGCUACCGAGCAUUUAUCACUGCGUGACUUGGCAGGGAUGCGAGGCAGACCUGCAAGACUCGAUCGACCCGGUGAGAGAGGCGUUCGGGAUUUGCGCCGGUACCACCUACGUCAUCUACCGCUGCGUCCGUUGGGCCUGUCGCCUUCUCAUCAGGCGAGUCAUGGCAGACAGCACUAAUAACCAGCAUGGUGGGCAUGGGCAAAACACCUGGCUGGCGCUUGCCAAUCACUCGCUGGAUGUGAACCGUGCGAGCGGUGUCGUGUCGUGUGUGAUCAUGGGCCUCUGGUACGUGCGCGCCGUGUCACUGCUGCAGAGGGGCGACAUGGAAACGUUACUAAAUCAGCUGCGCUCCGUCUGCGCGCGUUUCUCGCCGAUGAGCCUGCUGCUCGGGAGCUCUGCCGUGCGCUACUGA